ACGUCAUCGACGCUCGACCAAACACAGCUAAACGCGCAACUUUGAAGAAGCGUUCAAAAGUCUCGUCAAAACCCCGUUUAAGCGGACAGCUGUGGACAAAUAUUCACUUUAAACAUGGUUUAGGUCGCCGCUGUCAUGACACAGUCUGUUGUUGUUCAAGUUGGACAGUGUGGUAACCAAGUUGGCUGCAGGUUUUGGGAUCUUGCUUUGCGAGAACACGCCCAUGUUAACAAAAAAGGAUUGUAUGAUGAGGCCCUCAGUAGCUUUUUCCGGAAUGUGGAUUCAAGGAAAAGUGCUGGAGGAGCCUGUGGUGUCGGUGGGAGAAUCCAACAUCUGAAGGCCCGGGCGGUCCUGGUGGACAUGGAGGAGGGUGUAGUGAAGGAGAUCCUGCAGGGCCCGCUGAGGGAAGUGUUCGACAGCGCUCAGCUCCUCACCGACGUGUCAGGUUCAGGCAACAACUGGGCAGUUGGACACAUGACGUAUGGUUCGGCCUACAGGGAGCAGAUCGUGGAUAAGCUGAGGAAGGCAGCAGAACACUGCGACUGUCUGCAGUGCUUCUUUCUUAUUCACUCUAUGGGAGGAGGUACGGGUUCCGGUCUGGGUACCAGCGUGCUCAGCCUGCUGGAGGAGGAGUUCCCUGACGUUUGUCGCAUUGUUACCUCCAUCUAUCCGUCUGCUGAGGACGACGUCAUCACCUCUCCCUACAACAGCAUCCUGGCCAUGAGAGAGCUCACGGAGCACGCCGACUGUGUCCUGCCUGUAGAGAACCAGUCAUUGGUCGACAUUGUGAACAAGAUUAAAAUUAUGUCUCACAGUGCAAAGCCAGGGUCAGUGAUCAAGAGAGACAGCACCGUCAUCUCUGGGCAGGGUGGACUCAGCGGGCCAGAGAAGCCUUUUGAUGCCAUGAACAACAUUGUGGCUAACUUGUUGCUCAAUAUCACCAGCUCAGCCCGAUUUGAGGGGUCUCUAAACAUGGACCUGAAUGAGAUUGCCAUGAACCUGGUGCCUUUCCCCCGGUUACACUACCUGGUGCCCAGCCUCACCCCUCUCUACACGCUGGCUGAUGUCAGUGUCCCCACCAGAAGGCUGGAUCAGAUGUUCAGCGAUGCCUUCAGUAAAGACCACCAACUAAUCCGAGCCGACCCGAAGCAUAGCCUCUACCUGGCCUGUGCCCUCAUGGUCAGGGGCAACGUUCAGGUGUCUGACCUCCGCAGGAAUAUCGAGAGACUGAGGCCAUCGCUGCCUUUUGUAUCGUGGAACCAGGAAGGUUGGAAGACGAGUUUGUGUUCGGUGCCUCCUGUGGGUCACUCCCACUCCCUGCUCGCUCUGGCCAACAACACCUGUGUGAAGCCCACAUUCAUGGAGCUCAGAGAACGCUUUACCAAGCUCUACAGGAAGAAGGCUCACUUACAUCACUACCUGCAUGUAGAGGGGAUGGAGCAGAGCUUCUUCUCAGAGGCCGUUGACUCCCUCAGCUCACUGAUUGAAGAGUAUCAUCAACUGGAUGCCACCAAGGCCAGACUCAUCCCUGACACACCCAGACUCAGCAUUGCCACAUGAAGGUCCGCUUUGUAGUCAGUCUGUGUGUAGCUGUCUGUUCCUUUGUCUUUUUCAAAAAGAACUUCACACAACCAAAUCGUUUGUAUAUACCUUUAUAAGUUAUAUAUCAAUAUUGUCUAAUUUAUGACUUGAUUAAAUGUUCUCUGUCUGAAAAAAUAAGUAAGAACAACAUGUAAAAAGAAUAUAGAAAGAGUUCAACUCAAUCUGUAUGACUUGAUUUGCCUUUUAAGGCUCCCUGACCAUGUUUUUAUGAGGUAAUGUUGAUAUGACAACAUCUGCUGUUACAGCUAAUACACUGGCCAUAUUCCUUGUUAUUGCACAUACUUGCCCUGAAGACAGGGUUCACAAAAGCUUUCAUCAUAACUAACAACAUUUUUCUUCAUUUAGUCAAUUAUCUCUGCCAUUCUUCUAUAUCAAAUUUAGUUUUGUAGUUGGAGUUUCUGUCUUUUGAGGUUUCUUGAGGCACAUCGCCACUGCUGAGGAAAACUUAACAACCGAAGUAUGUUUCAGUCGUCAGUUUUCCACAGCAGGGCUCGUUCUCCGUGCCUGUGUCUCUGGACUUGUUGAAUGGUUCCAUUAGAGUAACCGCAGGUCAGAAAACAUGUCGCCCGGAUCGUUGCACUUCCUCUGACACACACAGGACAUUAUCCACUGCAUCUUCCACUGUGUGUUGGAGCCUCCUUUGCAGGUGAAGUUGACCUUUAUCAUGCGUGACUUGUUGGGGACACAGCAGCGCUUGUCUGUGCAGACGCCGCAGUAUGUUGGCUUAAACUUCUUGGUGCUGGUGCAGCCGGAGAGCUUGAGUUUCUCUGCUUUUUUUGCCUGGAAUUUCGGCCGGCACGUCUUUCCUUUUGGCAUCUAGCAACAAAAGCAAUCACUGAUAACUUUUUUUGAAUGUUGUAUAAAAGCAAGCCAAUGCAUAGAUUUAAGCAAAGUUGUCACCUUAAUGCUCUUGAGCACACUUUUCUCACACGGUCGCAGCAGACACAGGCGGCGGUCCUUCCUCAUCUCACAUUUGCUGUUGUCGUUGUUGACUCGUACGGAGAUGCCAAGGCCGCAGGUCUUGGAGCAGGGACUCCAGGGUGUCGUCUGGAUCAGACAGUUCUUCUUCCAGGCUAAAGGAGGAUCCCUGUAAGCUUUCAGUGUUACAGUUAAAGGGUACUGUGUCAACAACACCCUACACAAAGCGCUAGCCUGUGUGCUGCCAGGCAGAUCACUGAUCAGAAUCUACCCAACAACCUUAAAAUGCCUGGUCUGACUCACCAUCAAGGAAUUUGCUGCUGAGCUUGUAAAUGUUUAAUUUGAGCUCUACUUGCACAAGAUCCCACAGAAUCUAAGUAAAAUUUCCCUGAAACACACAGAUCAUGGUAUACAUAUGUUUUGGCAGAGUUGCCAAAUGAGCUGUUUUGUGCAUUAAAGUGGCAUUUCUUGUGCUUUUAAUAAAAACUGAGUCCCUCCUC